UUCUUCACUUGCCUGGUGAUCCUGUUUGCCUGCGAAGUCGCAGCUGGAAUUUGGGGAUUUGUCAACAAAGACCAAAUAGCCAAAGACGUGAAGCAGUUCUACGAUCAAGCGUUUCAGCAAGCGCUCAUGGCAGACUCGGAGACGAAAGACGGGAAAGCUGUAGUGAAGGCCUUCCACGAAACGCUGGACUGCUGUGGUCCCGAUAAUGCCAUAGGAGCCAUCCCUCCCCUGUGGAGAGACGACCUCUGCCCAAAGGACUCCAUCCUGAAAAGCUUUCUGGAGUCCUCGAACUGCCACAAAAAAAUCGAUGAGCUGUUCUCCGGGAAGCUGUACCUGAUCGGUAUCGCUGCCAUCGUGGUCGCUGUGAUCAUGAUCUUCGAAAUGAUCCUGAGCAUGGUGCUGUGCUGUGGCAUAAGGAACAGCUCCGUCUACUGAGCCGUGAGAGCCGGGGAGGGGAAGGGGGGAGCAGGGUGAACGGCGCUAGAGGGGACCCCAAGUGCCACCCGUGACCAGGAGACAUUUCAACAAAAGACAAAGAAACCUAUGUAUAUAAAUACUUCCAAUAUUACCAUGCAGUACUUAUCAUUUUUAUUUCAAAGUACUUUUUUUUUUUAAAUAAAUAAAACUUCCCCGUAUCCUUGUGGCUGAGUUAGUUACACAUCAGUUUUGUGUGAUGGGGAAAGCUGCUGUAGCGAGAGAUCAAGUCCUUCCUCCCCCUUCCCCACCCCUCGUAACUCAGAAGUAACAUUGGUGGAAGAUGUACAGAGGAGAAGGCUGCAGCCUGUUAGCAGAAAACUUUGCCUUGGUUUUUACUCUCUUUUUCAACAUCGACUUUUUUUAUAUACAUAAUUGGAUGCUGAAGCAGGAUUUAGCAUUUUU